UGGGGGGGUGGGGUCUGUCUAUAUAAACAUCCCUCGUUCACUUGACAACAGUGUUUAGGGAAGUUCCAAAGUGCGUGUCUAAACUGGAGUGAAACGCAGCCCCGGUUGUUAAAGAGGGAAAGAGAGUCAAACUUUACUGAGGCAAUCACAUUGAAGGAUGACUGUGAGGAUGCCCAUCAACGCAAAUCCAAAAAGCAAAUGGCCCACAUUGGGUCACAUCCUGGGUAAACUCAGUCCAGCGGGUUCAAUACCUCAGGACGUCAAACGUACAAUGUUGUACCUCUUAACAGCAUUAGCGAUUCUGCAGAUUAUAGUGGGAAUCCUCAACAUCACAACAGGGAUUUUGUUUGCAAACUGGGGGAUACAUGAUUACAUUAUGAAGUUUUAUGGUCCCUAUUGGCUUGGUGCUGUGUUCCUCAUAUCUGGAAUUAUGACUCUCCUUGUAUGCUUCUAUUUGAGUAAAGUUUUGGAAAUCUUAGCUUUGAUCCUAAACCAAGCCAGUGCUUUUCUGGCUUUGAUGGGUGUUGCAUUGUACUCAUGGGAUUUGGCGAGGGCGAGCUAUUAUUCAGCCAAUGAUUAUUCAGCAACACUCAUUCAAGAACAGAUGAAGGGAGCUGAUGCCUUUCUGUACUUUGAGGAUUUAAAUGUGAUGUCUCGAAAGAAGCUAGAUGCCAUGAUGAUAGCUUUGGCUGUUCUUCAGCUCUGCAUAAACGUCUAUUUUAUUGUCAUGUCAGUGAGAGUAUUUGUCAAGAAGAAUUCUGCAGAAGACCCUCAACUUCACAAACUGCUCCGAGAAGACACCACCGGCAAUCCUGCAUGAGAGACACAAACAUAAAAAGAUCAUUUUAUUAAAUCAGAUACCACUAAAGUUAGAAGUCACUUUAAACCGCAAACUGUGGAGUUUUUCGUUUUGUAUUUUGUGCAUUUUUUGUAUAUU